UCUGCACUAUUUUACAACAACUAUAUUGCAAAUUACUUUAACGUUCCUUUUUCUAUCGUCUAGUGUCUAGAGCGUAUCACGAUAACAGUGCAUCAGAAUUUUUCAUUUAUGCAUUGCAAAAAAGGAUGAUAUCAUUCAUUAAAUCCGAGUGACGUACUUACAUGUCAACGCUAUCAAAGGAAUAAGUAACAUAUAUUUAGACUGAGUGCUGUGAUAUAAUACCGACAAUGGAUCAAGAUGUAUUAACAGUCUUAAAGCUAUUAAUGAUAGGAGAAUCAAAUGUUGGAAAAUCAAGCAUACUUCUUAGAUUUACUGAGGAUGAAUUUCAUGAAAAUAUGCAAAGCACAGUUGGCAUGGAUUAUAGAACUAAACAAGUCACAAUUGAUGGCAAUACAGUGAAACUUGCAAUUUGGGACACUGCCGGACAAGAACGUUUUCGUACUCUAACACCUAGUUACUACAGAGACGGUCAAGGCGCUAUAUUAGUGUAUGAUGUUACAGAUAGAGUUACUUUUAUGAAAUUAGAAACAUGGCUUAACGAAUUGAAUACAUAUUGCAAUAAGACAGAUAUUAUUAAAAUGGUAGUGGGUAAUAAAAUAGAUUUACCAAACAGAGAAGUAAGCACUGAAGAAGGUUUACAAUUUGCCCGAAGACACCAAACCCUAUACAUUGAAAGCAGCGCUAAAACGGCAGACGGAAUCAAAUGUUGUUUCGAAGAACUUGUACAAAAGAUAAUACAAACUCCUGGACUUUGGGAUCGACAUGCCCUCCUUAAAUCCGCAGCGUAUGGUAACGGUAAUAUGGGAGGUGCAAGACAUAGAGGUCAGAGAGGGAUACAAUUGGCAGAUGAGUCUCAGCCACACGAAGCACAUACAAAUUGCUAUUGCACUUUGAUUUAAAUGAUUGUAAUAUAAAAUUCUGCCAGUGAUAACUGUAAAAGAAACUAUAGCUUGAAUAUGGUCUAAACUUUAUUCAAAAACUAGAUAUCGAAGAGUGAGAUCAUUGAAAACAGAAACGUGAAUAAUAGUAUGUCACAUUAUAUUGCUUUGUGUAUGUUAUGGGAAAAAAUAUUUUGUACCUUAUGUAUCAAAGAUAGAUACAUACAUAUACAAUGAGUUUGCUUCUAUCUUCUAAUUCUUUGUUAAAUAGUUAAAUUUUAUAGGUAUUUGUAAUACAAAAUUUAUAUUCAUGUAAAUAUAUUAUGCGUAUGCACAUAAUUUAAUGACUAAUAAACAUCAAUAGAACUGCAGUAACGCCAUAAACAAAUAUGGUAUCUUUAAAUCCUGUAGAAAACGCUUUUGCAUGUGCUGCAGCAUUUAUAGCUUCAAUAUUUUCUGAUCUGUUUUGUUAUCAUGAUAUUGAUUUGAUUUUGAUAUUUAUUUGAACAAUAAAUAGGUAAAACGCAUAUCAUUACAUAUGUAAACAAAAUGUAUUUCAAUAUUACGUUAAAUAUGUUUAUUUAAUGUUCUGCAUUUUAUAUGAUUAUAUUUUUAAAAUGUGAUCAAAUAAACAAUAAUUAUCUCAUACAUAAAAUUAUUUACUUAAAAUUAUUUUAAUGUAUUUAUCUUUAUGAAUAAAACAAAUUUCUCCAUUUAAAUUGCGAUAGACUAAUGUGAUAUCUCACUCUGUGUGACACAAACAGUUGCCUGUUAAAAUAUUUGAUUUUAAACAAUCAUUUCAUGUGUCCUGAAAAUUAAUUUAAUUUAUAUGUAAUUAAUUAAAUAAAACAGUUAUGUUAUUCGACCGUC